UGCCUUGGCUGCUUCUCCUGCAAAAGGUUAUACCGCUGCUUCGUGGAUCGAAUGAUGACGGUCACGACGUUUCUUUUUCUACUUUUAUUAUAUAGAAAACAAUAACAAAGUUGUACUAGAAACGACAUAUGAUCGUGGACAUUUACUAGAAUGAUCAUGGACAUGGUCUAACUGUAAGAACAAUAAUGAAGGCGCUUCCUUGUCCUUGACGAGGAGUUUCUGCUGGCACGACGUGGAUUGAUACAGCAGCAUUGUAACAGCGACACGAAGUGGACCAGUUCCUCGAGAAGCAACUUCGCUGUUCGACCACUAGUAGUACAAAGUGGUCCAAGAUGGCUCCUCCUGCUGUACCGCCGAAGAAAGAGAAGCGGCCGCCGCGCGAUGCUCGCAUGCAAUAUGUUGUUAAGACAAGAUGUUGAAUCUGAAUCACGUAAACGUACCACAAUGUUGUGCCGAGUAGCAAGACCAAAAUUAUAUGCGUGGAAGUAGAUGAUGAAGAUGCAGAUGGUGAAGUUGGUGUAGACACACAGUGUUAUAUUUUUAAUGCUGUAUUAUAAUUUUGUUACAAGAGUAGGCUUGACGCAGAAGUUGCAGUUGUACUAUUGGUAUAUCAUCUACUAGCCUUACACUCACUGCUCUACCUCUAACAACUAAGAAGACGAGGACCGUGGGCCGUUCGGUGCUGAAAAACAGAAGCUGGAGCAUUAUGCCGAAGACAUUCUCGCACAGCUACAUAGGAAUGAUCCAAGGGACCCUACGUCUCUGUCUCUCCUCGACAUCCAUUUUUCCCGACACUUCUACAGGGACUUCGCGUUUUGCUUCCUGCAUAACAAUCGUAUUCUUGAGUCUUGUUUCUUUGAUUUUGGUGUCAAUCUUCCUCACCACACUCCUACUUCUACAAGUAGAUCUAACUCGACCUCCACGUUCUACUCAAGAAUCCACCUCGGACUACUUGUACAAAUACAUAGAUCUAGGUACCUCGUCGACCUCCACCCUCUAGCUCUACUCAAAGAACAGGUAUCCGCAAGUUGCAAUUGGAGCGCUGUAAUAUGGGUGAUGUUGCUUGUGAACGCAUCGGUUUUAUGUUGCGGGAAAAUAGCAGUGUCUCCAUUCUGUCCCUUUGCGAAAAUCACAUCAAGAGCGUAGGUUGUGGCUUCAUAGCCCGACUUCUAGAUCGAGGAUAUGGGACCGAUAAGCUGAAGUGUCGAUUGACGCAUUUAUUCCUGAAUCGCAACCACAUCGGACCGGUCGGAGCUAAGUCGCUCUCUCUAGCUCUAGUCCACAAUCGGACGCUGGAAGCGCUGGAAGUGAGGGAAAACUGCAUCGACUCUUGGGGAGUGGGAUGGAUGUGCAUGGGUACUAUUUCUAUUACGGAGUAGACUCUUGGGGAGUGGGAUGGAUGUGCAUGGGUACUAUUUCUAUAAAACUGCAUCGACUCUUGGGGAGUGGGAUGGAUGUGCAUGGGUACUAUUUCAUCUGUGGAAUUUAAAGCUUGCUUUAUUGAGGUUUAAAUACGAGUGCGCGAAGUGCGCGCUCCCCGGGGCGCAACGCCGGGUAAAAAAGGUUCCACCUGCUCAGCGCGUUUAGCCGAGCGCCUGCCAGCGAUGGCGAGGCACUCGGGAAGCAAAACGGAGUAGAUACACACUUGUUGAUCCUUGUCUAUCACUCCUUCCGUCUAGUUCUACUACCUUACACGCAUUAUAAUAAUCGCUUGUGACUGUGGCUUGUAAGAAGUAGCUGCAUCGACUUAUUAACUUGAUUCUCAUCGCUGCAGGAGCACGUCGAACAGGAGGAAAACAAAAUAUUAGUAUUUAUAGUAUUAGCAAUUGCCAGAAAUCUCUUAAGGAGCUCCCUUAAGGAGCUUCCUUAAGGAGCUUCCUUAAGGAAAUCAGUUUCCUUAAAGAAUUUUUAUUAUAAAAAGUUAUUAUAACUUUCCUUAAGAGGGAAAAAAUUUCCUUAAGGAGCUCCCUUAAGGACAAGCUGUUAUAAACUUAGGCUAAUAACAGCGGCUCCCUAAGGCCCUUGCUAGUACUACGAGUUCAAAGGUGUCAAGAACGUGCUAACGUGUUCGCGGCUGUUAGUUUGUAGGCUACUCACGUACACCAGCCACAUCCGCAGCAAGACACUACGCGCCCACCCCUAGCGAAUCGCCCCAACGAGCUGCCAACCGCUACCCUUGUCAUAUAUCGCCCAGCGCCUUUACUUUUUUUCAAAAACUUCAGGGAGGUCAUUCAAAUACAGAGAAAACUGAACGACCUCCCUGAAGUUUUUGGAAAAAAGUUAGCUCGCUCCCCUUCCGCGACUACCUUCCGCGCACAGCAAUCGACCACGGCACAGGAGCGCGCAGCAGCCCUUGGAGAUGGUUAACCAGUCUACUUCUAACCAGCACAAAAGCGGGAGAAUUUUAAGGGAGAGGGUGAGCACUUGAAAGGGUAGAGGCUGACGAGCGUGAUCAUAUUGAUUCGCGAGAAGGCCAAAAAUGCGCCUCAAAGUCGCAGCCGUUGAGGAUGUCGAUGGCUGUGAGAAUGAUAGCCGUGAGCACUUGCGUGUCUGAAGGGUGGACCUUGGUGGGCGUCAUCAUAUCAACGAGAGGGCCAAAGACGUGCGCCGGUGUGUGUGAAAGUCGAGGCCGACGCUGAGGAUGUCGAUGUCUGUCAGAAUGAUAGCCGUGAGGGCUUGCAUGUCUGAAGGGUGGACCCUGGUGAGCGUCAUCAUAUCCAUGAGAAGGCCAAAGGUAUGCAUCUCUGUGCUUGAAAGUCGAAGCCGUUGAGGAUGUCGAUGUCUGUGAGAAAGAGAAUGAUAGCCGUGAGGACUUGCAUGUCUGAAGGGUGGACCCUGGUGGGCAUCAUCAUUUCCAUGAGAAGGCCAAAGAUGUGCGUCUCUGUGUGUGAAAGUCGAAGCCGUCGAGGAUGUCGAUGUCUGUGAGAAUGAUAGCCGUGAGCACUUGCAUCCCUGAAGGGUGGACCCUGGUGAGCGUCAUCACAUCCAUGAGAAGGCCAAAGAUAUACGUCUUUGCGCUUGAGUGUCGAAGCCGUUGAGGUUGUCGAUGUCUGUGAGACUGAUAGCCGUGGGCGCUUGCAGUUCUGAAGGGUGGACUUUGGUGAGCAUCAUCAUACCCAUGAGAAAGCCAAGGGCGUACAUCUCUGCGCUUGAAAGUCGAAGCCGUUGGGGGUGUCGAUGUCUGUGAGAGUGAUAGCCUUGAGCACUUGCGUGUCUGAAGGGUGGACCCUGGUGAGCGUCAUCAUAUCCAUGAGAGGGCCAAAGGUAUACAGAUUUGCCUGUGAAAGUCGAAGCCGUUGAGGGUGUCGAUGUCUGUGAGGAAGUAGAUGAGGGCGGACCCUGGCGGGCGUCAUCAUGUCCAUGAGAAGGCCAGGCGCAUGCCUCUCCGUCGGUGAAGGCUGAAGGCUGGGGACGUCGAUGCCUGUGUGUGAGAGUGAUAACGGUGGACCAUUGCAUGUCUGAGGCGCGGACCGUGGUGGGCGUCUUGCGUCAUGUCCAUGAAACAGCCAAGCUUAUAGACACACCCCCGCGCCUGAAGGUUGGGGCCCAACUUCUGGCUCUGCGCAUAGAGAUGCCCAAGCGUGGCUUUCUCAUGGGCCUCGUCCAUGACGCUCGCCAGUGUCAGUGCCAUCCCAUGGGUAUGCUAUGCUUUAGGAUUCUCCUGGACAUGAUCACACUCAAAAGGGCCCAACCUCUGUGCCUACAUAUGUCCAAGAGUGGCCUUCUCAUGGACUCCAUGACGCUCAGCGGGCCAGCCUUGGCGCCCAUUGGCUUGCCCCUAGCAAGCAAGUUGGCCAAGUCAGUAGCCAUAGCGGUAGCCUCCUCACUAGCCUCGCCACAGUGGGUGUCAGCUUCCCAGCCUUGGCGAGCAGACUUGGCGACUUUUUUCGUGUGUCUUUCUGUCUCUUAGUAGUCAACCUGUCUAGUUGUUAACCUAUGCCCAGCGCAGCGGGCCCUUGAUGGGCCCGCUUUCUGGGCAUGUACUAAUAUUAGAAUACUUUAUAGCGCUAGGGGUGCCAGAUCCAGGAUGGGAUGGAUCAGAUGGAACGGAUGGACUUCCCACCAUUUCAAGUAGGACCGGAAGACUUAAGGGGGUCCAUCCGAUCCAUCUAAGUCCAUCCUACACCCGUUCUAUAGGUUAUUCUAUUUUCCUUCUGUUCGACGUGCUCCCGCCAUAAUAUCGGUUUUCAACUACUUCAUUCUGAACAUCAUCCUUAUCACCUCGUGAUCUUCAAUGAACAGGUUUAAAGCAAAACCUAACUCUGCGUGUGUUGGAUUUGCAGAGUAA